CUCUCUCUCUCUCUCUGGGUCUCUGUGUCACCAGGCACCAGGGUAGCCAGUGAACAUGCCAUUUUCCAUCUCUGUGCAGGCACCAGGGUUUGGCUUUGGGAUAGCCAUCUCGGGAGGUCGGGAUAACCCUCAUUUUCAGAGUGGUGAGACCUCCAUCGUCAUCUCGGACGUCUUGAAGGGAGGGCCAGCCGAGGGCCUACUGCAGGAGAAUGACAGAGUCACGAUGGUCAACGCUGUCUCCAUGGACAACGUGGAACAUGCAUACGCAGUACAGCAACUACGAAAAAGUGGCAAGAAUGCUAAAAUUACGAUCAGACGGAAGCGGAAGGUGCAUGUACCCAUGGGUCGGCUGGGGGAGAGGGCGACCAUGUCGGAGCAUGAUGAUGAGGAGGAGGAUGAGGAAGAUAGCUACGACGAGGAGAUAUACGAGACGCGCUCCGCACGCAGCGGCCCCAGCGCCUACAGCGCYGUGGGUGGGGCCUCGGCCCGGCGCAGCGGGAGGAGCGCCGGAAGGCGAGACAAGGACAAAGAGCGGGAACGCAGUGGCUCACGGGAGAGGAGUCUCUCCCCGCGCGCCGACCGGCGCUCGCUCAACCAGCCCCCGCGGCCCGCCAAAGUCAUCCUCGUAAAGUCCCGAAAGAAUGAAGAUGCUAAGAAGCUGAUUGAGAGGUCAAAGGGCAAGCUAAAGAUGGUGGUGCAGAGAGACGAGAGAGCUACGCUGCUGAACAUACCAGACGCUGGACGACAGCAUCCCAUCAGCCAACGCCUCCGACAGAGACGUACAGUGGGACUCUACAGCGCGGGACUCUACACAGCGGGGCCUACACAGCGGCUCUACACAGCGGGGCUCUCUACACAGCGGGGCUCUACACAAGCGGGGCUCUACACAGCGGGGCUCUACACAGGCGGGGCUCUACACAGCGGGACUCUACACAGCGGGGCUCUAACAGCGGGGCUUCUACACAGCGGGACUCUACACAGCGGGACUCUACAACAGCGGGACUCUACACAAGCGGGACUCUACACAGCGGGGCUCUACACCAGGCGGUGGCUCUACACAGUGGGGCUCUACAGCAGCGGGCUUAACAGCGGGGCUUACACAGUGGACUCUACACAGGGGGUCUACACGCGGGCUCUACACAGUGGGGCUCUACACAGUGGACUCUACCAGUGGGACUCUACACAUCACAGAAGUCGUGAGGAGGAGGAGAGGAUCUCGAAGCCGACAGCGGUGCCACCCAAGCUGGCAGAGGAGGCUCCUGCCCUGCCCAAACCCCUGGAGAAGUCUGUCACCAGGGAGGAGAAACCGGUCCCUCCUCUACCAGAACCCAAGCCAGUAUAUGCCCAGCCAGGCCAGCCUGAUGUGGACCUGCCAGUCAGCCCCGCUGAUGCCCCUGUUAAUAAUGUGGAUUUUGCUAAUAUAAUCCGAGAGGAGGCGGUGCUGUUCCUCCUUGACCUCCCUAAAGGUGAAGAGGUCACCAUCCUGGCCCAGAAGAAGAAGGAUGCACGCUUCAAGGCCGUACGGAGACUCCUUCUCAAUAUCAACAAGUUGGUGUAG